AUGUUCGUUUCCAACUUGCUGCUCGCCAUUGGCAGCUUCACCGCCGUCCAGGCCCUCCCCAAGAGCAACACCCGCUCCACCUACGCCGUCAAGGAACGCCAUAUCGUCCCACGUAGCUGGACUCGAGUCGGCUCCGCCUCCAAGCACGAGACCAUCCACCUCCAGAUUGGCCUCAAGCAGCAAAACGAAGGCCAGAUCGAAGAGCACCUGCUCGAGAUUUCGGACCCGAAUCACCACCGCCAUGGCCAGCACAUGAGCGCUGAGGAGAUUAGAGAGAUCAUCCAGCCCUCCGACGAGACUCAGGAGCUUGUCAGGGCUUGGCUCGAGGAGCACGGUAUCUCGCAUGGUGUUCAUUCUCCUUCGAAGGACUUCAUCCAUGUGGUGCUUCCGAUCGAGAAGGCUGAGGAGUUGCUUCAGACGGAGUAUUCGAUUUUUGAGCAUGCGGAUGGGUCAACGAUUUCGAGAGCCCCCGAGUGGUCCCUGCCGAUGCAUCUUCAUGAGCAUAUCGAUGUUGUGCAGCCCACGACCAGCUUCUUCCGUCCGAAUGCUAAGGCUGCGGGUGGGUCUGGGAAUGCGCCGUUCUGUGCAAAGAACGGAGGAGGUGCAGGUCCAAUCUCCCAGAUUUGCAACAUCUCCUUCACCACGCCAGACUGCAUCCGCACUCUGUACGGCACCUACGACUACAAGCCUCAGGCCGCCGGCAAGAACAAGAUCGGCCACAACAACUUCCUCAACGAAACUAGCUACCGCAAGGAUAUCUACAAGUUCUUGGACCUCUUCCGUCCCGAGGCCAAGCAGGCUGCUUAUGACUUCAAGGUUGUGCAGAUCGCCGGUGGAAUUGACAACCAGGGCCCAUAUGCUCCUGGAAGCGACCUCAACAUUGAGGCGAACUUGGAUUCGGAGCAGAUUCUUUCGAUCGGAUACCCUACUCCACUGACCGUCUGGUCUACUGGUGGCAGCCCACCCUUCAUCCCCGAUAUCAACACCCCAACAGACACCAACGAACCCUACCUCGUGUGGCUCGACUACGUCCUCGGACAGAGCGACCUGCCCCAGGUCAUCAGCACUUCGUAUGGUGACGACGAACAGACCGUCCCCGAGUCGUACGCACGCCGAGCCUGCUCUGGGUUCGCCCAGCUCGGCGCCCGUGGCAUCUCCCUCUUCUUCAGCAGCGGCGACGCUGGUGUUGGUGGUGAUGGGACAUGCUACUCUAACGACGGGAAGAAUACGUACAAGUUCUUGCCGAACUUCCCUACUUCCUGCCCCUGGAUCACCUCCGUCGGCGGCACCGAAGCCUUCCAACCCGAAGUCGCCGUCUCCCGCUUCGCAAGCGGAGCAGGCUUCUCCAACUACUUCCCCCAACCCAAAUACCAAGCCGCCGCCGUAAGCGCCUACAUCAAAUCCCUCGCGGGCCUGCACGACGGCCUCUACAACAAGACCGGUCGCGCCUACCCAGACGUCGCCGCGCAGGGCAACCACGACGCGCUCGUGUGGAACAACACCGUCCGCACCGUCGGUGGGACUUCCGCGUCCAGCCCGACGUUCGCGGCGGUCAUCAGUCUGGUCAACGAUGCGCUUAUUGCAAGGGGCAAACCCACGCUGGGUUUCUUGAACCCGUGGUUGUAUGGCGGGGCUUAUAAGACGCUUACGGAUGUGACGAGCGGGAGCAGCUAUGGGUGUAAUACGACGGGCUUCCCGGCGAAGGAGGGGUGGGAUGCUGUCACUGGCUUCGGCACGCCUAACUUCAGCAAGCUCGUCGAUGCCGCGUAUGCGAAGUAUGGUGGCAAGGGGGGAUAUCCUCACCAGGGGGGUUGGCACGGCAAGGCUGAUUGA